AUGAAAUUCAAAAGAUUACUGAUCGCCUUCCAGUCUCUCGCAUGGGCGACUGUGCCCUUGAUCUUGAAUUUUGGUAGUUUGGUGGUGGGGGCUUCCCCGAAAAGCCGUAUUGCGACAUGCCUGAAGAGGAACACCGGGUCUGGAUCCGCAGGCAACUUCAGCCGGAAUGUCUAUCAGACCGAUUUCGACGGCGUCACCUGGGACGAAGACAACUGGCUGUUGACCACUACCAACUUGGAGCAGGGUCAGUUCCAGACACGCGGAUCAGUGGCCAAUGGAUACCUCGGGAUCAAUGUCGCGAGCGUCGGCCCGUUCUUCGAAAUGGACUCGGAGGAUGAUGGCGGCGGCGGAGGAAUUAACGGGUGGCCGCUAUACUCCCGGCGUCAGUCGUUCGCGACGAUUAGUGGAUUCUUCGAUUCACAGGCAAACACCAACUCAUCUAACUUUGGCUGGCUUUCGCAGUACGGAAGCGACAGUGUGAUCAGUGGUGUGCCACACUGGAGUGGAUUGAUCCUGGACCUUGGCGAAGAUACCUUCCUGGAUGCAUCGGUUGACAACAGCAGCAUCUCUGAUUUCCGAACUACUUAUGACUUUAAGGCAGGUGUCCUGCUCUGGUCAUAUAAGUGGACGCCAAGCGACAAGGGCUCUUACCAGAUCACCUAUCGCCUCUUCGUCAACAAGCUCUAUGUUAACCAGGCUGUGGUGGAUAUGGAAGUGGUGGCCUCGGAGGAUGCCGAAGGGUCCAUCGUCAACGUACUAGACGGUGCAUCUGCUGUGCGCUCGGACUUUGUCAAGGCGGACCAGGAUGAUGGUGCUAUUUUCUCGGCCGUGCGACCGAAUGGAAUCAGCAAUGUCACUGCCUAUAUUUAUGCAAACAUCACUGGCAGCCCCGGCGUGGACCUCUCCUCGCGCAAGCUGGUGACUGACAAGCUGUAUGUCAGCGACAAGGACUCGUCCAUUGCGCAGUCUGUGGAUGUGAAAUUCAAGGCUGGCAAAGCAGUCCGCGUGACCAAGUUCGUUGGUGCUGCAUCGACUGAUGCUUUCAAAAAUCCCCAGGAGGUGGCCAAGAAUGCUUCUGCGGCCGCCAUGAAGAACGGAUAUGCGAAAUCCCUUCGUUCGCAUGUUACCGAGUGGGCGAGCGUUAUGCCAGAAGACUCAGUCGAUCAUUAUACUUUCCCUGGUAACGGAUCUUUACCCGCAGACAGUAUCAUUAUCGACUCUGCUGUAAUCGCCGUGGCCAACACCUACUAUCUCCUGCAGAACACCGUCGGCAAAAAUGCCAUCAAGGCCGCAUCCAACGAUAAGCUGAACCGGGACAGCAUUUCUGUCGGCGGUUUGACAUCCGAUUCCUACGGAGGUCAGGUUUUCUGGGAUGCCGAUGUCUGGAUGCAGCCUGGUCUGACCACAUCCCACCCCGAGGCCGCUCAGCGUAUCACCAACUAUCGCUUGGAUAGAUAUGGACAAGCACAGGAGAAUAUCAAGACCGCCUAUGCUGGCUCCCAGAACCAGACCAUUUUCUCUCCGUCCUCUGCUGUCUAUCCCUGGACGAGUGGACGCUUCGGUAACUGCACGGCCACCGGUCCUUGCUGGGACUACCAGUAUCACCUCAAUGGCGAUAUUGGAAUUUCGAUGGUGAAUGAGUGGGUUACGAGCGGAGACACGCAGUUCUUCAAGGAGAACCACUUUCCGAUUUUCGACUCUGUGGCUACUCUAUACUCGGAUCUCCUGGUUCGAAAUGGGUCUUAUUGGACGCUCGCCAACAUGACGGAUCCGGAUGAGUACGCUAACCAUAUUGAUGCGGGUGGCUUCACUAUGCCCCUCAUCGCGGAGACUCUGCGCGAUGCGAAUGCUUUCCGCCAGCAGUUUGGCCUCGAGGAAAAUUCUACCUGGGAUCAGAUGGCCAAUGAAGUUCUCGUUCUGCGCGAGAAUGGUGUUACUCUCGAGUUCACGUCUAUGAAUGGCAGUGCUGCGGUCAAACAAGCUGAUGUGGUCUUGAACACCUUCCCGCUCGACUACUCGGCCAACUACAGUGCCCAAGAUUCGCUGAACGAUCUGGACUACUAUGCCAACAAGCAAUCGCCCGACGGACCCGCCAUGACCUGGGCUAUCUUCUCGGCUGUUGCUAACGAGAUGUCGCCCUCGGGAUGCUCCGGCUACACCUACGCACUGUACUCUUUCCUCCCCUACACUCGUGCGCCUUUCUAUCAAUUGUCGGAGCAGCUGGUGGAUGACGCCACUAUCAACGGUGGCACUCAUCCGGCUUUCCCCUUCCUCACGGGACAUGGCGGUGCUAACCAGGUGGCCAUCUUUGGAUACCUGGGCUUGCGUCUCACUCCGGAGGACUACCUUCGCGUUGACCCGAACCUGCCUCCUCAGAUCCCUUAUCUGAAGUAUCGCACCUUCUACUGGCGUGGAUGGCCGAUCUCUGCCUGGUCGAACUACACCCACACCACGAUCAGCCGGGCUAUCAACACGCCGCCAUUGGACGUCGCAGACCAGCGUUUUGCCAACAAGUCAAUUGAAAUCCACACGGGUCCCGAUCACGACAUCCAGGUCCACCUGCUUCCUCUCAAGGGUUCUGUUGUCCUGACCAACCGCCAGAUCGGCACCCAGAACACAGUCGCUGGAAACCUCGUCCAGUGCAGCCCUGCCCAGUCUGAGAAUCCCUACGAGCCGGGUCAAUUCCCUAUCUCGGUAGUCGACGGUGCGUCAUCGACAAAGUGGCAGCCUACCUGGGCAAACAACAUCAGUGCAGUGACAGUUUCUUUGGGAAAGGAGGCCGGCUCCAUGGUCUCGGGCUUUUACUUCGACUGGGCCCAAGCACCACCCGUCAACGCAACCGUGGUCUUCCACAACAAGACCCUGGGCAGCGCGGACCUGACAAUGUCCAGCCAAGAUUCGGACUACCAGGUCGUCUCCACAUUGAACAACAUCAAGCUUUCGGACCCAUAUGACGUGAACUCGACCAACCUGGAUGCCAUUGCCAUUCCGACCGGUAAUACCACCAACGUCACGCUCCCGUCGGCAGUGCCCGCAGCUCAGUAUGCGACCCUUCUAAUCCUUGGUAACCAGGGUCUGGACCCUGUGGAUGUCGAGGCUAAGAAUGGCACUGGAGCUACUGUCGCUGAGUGGGCGAUUCUUGGGCAGACACAAAGCAGCAGCAACUCUUCCAGCUCUGAGACUACCCAAAGAAUGAAGGUCCGCGCGGCGGCUGCGCUGGCGGAUUCGGGAUCUUUCAUGCAGCGCCGUCAACAGUUCUUUCCCCGCAAUUAG